CAAGAUGGCGGCUGCCUUGUACGUUCGUUGACCGUGUGUAAAGAUCACGAGACAUUGACUUUUAGGAGCUGUCGGUCUAAGUUUUCACUGACAGCACUUUCAAAAUGGCAGUGGUGAUGAGAGAGAAUAAAGACACAGCGAGCUACUACACAACAAAGCACUCAUGGAGGGGAAAGUACAAGCGGGUGUUUUCAGUUGGGGACAAAGGCGUUACUACCUACAAUCCUAACACACUAGAAAUCACCAACCAGUGGGCAUAUGCAGAUUUUUUUGGUAUCGCCCCCAACACCAAAUCUCAAACCAUCAAUGAGUUUGUCAUCAACAUCAGGAAAGGCAAGAAGACAGAAUCCAUGCGGUUUUCCACAGAGCACCGUCCCGACGUUCUCACAGAAGCUUUGAAGUUCCGCCGGAGCUUUGCUGGUGGCAACAAGUAUGACGAACCACGAUUCAAUGCCUACAAGCACCACUGGUCAGAUGCACGCAAGCAUGUCACCCUAGAGAUCAACGCCUGUGGAAUUGACCAAAUCAAUCCUACCAACAACCAAGUCCUCUGCUCUUACUACUACAGGGACAUUGAAGCAUUCACAGAGGUGACUGGCUACCCAGGAGGCUUUGCAGUGAUUCAUGGUGGCUUCGGCAGAUUACAUAUAUUUGCUUGCGAUCGGAGAGAUGAGUUGAUAAAGAAGGCCUCAGAGUACGCGAGUACCUACGUCGGUGUGACAAUCAGAAAGAGGAAAGAAACCAUCACCAUCGAUCAGAGCAUCAUCAAUAAGAUGGGAAAGUACAGCAAUGACGAGAGCCUGACAUCACUGGCCGAGUUCAACGUUCAGAAGUGGUCCAGCAGGCACGAGGAGCCCGCCAAGAGGGUCCUGUGCUUGACAGAGACAUGCAUCGUGGAGCGAGACCCUGCCAGCUACAGCGUGGUCACUGUCAAACCACUCUGCAAUAUUUUUGCAAUCGUGCGUAGCAUGGAGAAUCCUCAGGAGUUCCAUCUAGAGUCGGUCAAAGGCAUGGUGACCAAGUACACCUCCACCGAUAGGGAUAAUCUAAUAGCCAGUGUGCUGGACGGCGUCCGUGCAAGCGGUAACCGAGACGUCUGCAUCAAGCUCGUCAUGACCAACCGAGGCCAGAGGCAGGACCCCUUGUUUGUCCCUGUUGAGGAGGAAGUGGAGGCCCAUUGCUUGCGCUUCCUGGCUCAACCGCCCAACAAUGACUUCAACCUUGCUGUAAUGAGGUUCAACAACAACGUGUCAUACAGUGGCUUACUCCAUGCCGUUACACAGGAUAGUUUCUUUGCAGAAAACAAAGAGAAAUUGAUCAGGGGAGCCAUCACAGCCAUCCUGGCAAGGGAAGACGACCCACUGACGAUGCCAGCUGAGGAGUUGGAGGCUAUUUUCCAAGCCUUGCGGAGAUUAGUGGCCUCCAAGGCCGGCUUUAUGGCCUUCACGUCAUUGCCAAAGUUCCGUGAGCGAGUGGGGCUAAAGAUCAUCAAGGUUUUGAAGAGACAGGAUGAUUUUGUCAUCCAUGCAGCCAUUGAUAUGUUGUGUGCCUUGAUGCAGCCAAUGCAUGACGAUUACGACCUUAGACAGGAACAACUCAACAAGUCCUCUCUUCUGUCCUCUAAAAAGUUCCUGAGCAGUCUGCUGGAACUCUUUAGCUUACAUGUGAAUCGGGGGACCGGUGCCCUGGUCAUCACCUCCCUCCUGGACUUUCUGACCUUUGCCCUGUGUGCCCCCUACAGCGAGACCACAGAUGGUACCCUCUUUGACUCGUUGCUUGAGUUGGUAGCUGAGCAAGGAAGGGUGCUCUUCAGGUUAUUCCAGCAUCCAUCCAUGACUGUGGUGAAAGGAGCAGGACUGGUCAUGAAAGCAAUCAUUGAGGAGGGAGAUGCUGAGAUUGCAGCUAAGAUGCAGGAGCUUGCUCUGGCAGAGGGCGCCCUCCCAAGACACCUGCAUGUCGCAAUGUUUACAUCCAGUUCAGACACACGAAUGCUGACAAACAGGCAGUUAAGUCGCCAUCUUGUUGCAUUGUGGAUUACCGGCAACCCAACGGCACUUGGACUGCUAAAACGCAUCCUGCCCGCCGGUCUCCUGGCUUUCCUUGACUCUGAGGAUAAAGUACCGGAGAAGGAAAGAGACCUGAUCCACAUGAGAGACAAUGUCAAGAUGGCUCAGGACCAAUUCGGCAAGAGUAACCGCCAUCUCCAGUGGCAUCAGAUCGAGGGCAUGCUCCUUCACUGGAAGCAACGUAUCACCAAGGAGAGGAAGAAACAAGAUGCGGAGUUGAAACCCAUAGUGUUGAGGAAACGGCGACAGAGGAUAAAGAGCGAAGAUAACUGGGAUCUCUUCUACUACAAGUUCAACCAGGAUCAUGCACUACCAAAUCUUAUAUGGAACUACAAGACCAGGGAAGAGCUGCGACAGGCCCUGGAGAAUGAGAUGCGCUCUUUCCGUACGGACUGCGAGCUGAGCAGCGGCCACACAAUAUCCUGGAACCAUGUGGAGUUUGAGGUGCAGUACGAGUGCCUAUCUGAAGAGAUCAAGAUCGGCGACUACUACCUGCGGUUGCUCCUGGAAGCGGAUGAAAGCAAUGAGGAGAUUAGUGCCAUCAAACGAUCGUAUGAAUUCUUCAACGACCUAUACCACAGAUUCCUUCUCACCAACAAGAUGCACAUGAAGUGCAUGUGUCUCCACGCACUGGCCAUUGUCUAUGGCCGGUGUAACGACGAGAUUGGCCACUUCAACGACACACGCUACAUCGUGCAGAUGCUCGAAAGGUGUACAGACAGGCAGGAGCGAGACAGGCUGGUGCUAUUCCUUGAUAAGCUUCUUUACAACAGGAGGAAUGUCAAGGAACUCAUCGACGCUAAUGGAAUCCGAGUCCUGGUGGACAUCUUGACAUUAGCCCACUUGCAUACCACAAGGGCUACAGUUCCAACCCAGACCAACGUGAUAGAGGCAGCCCCAGAUUCCCAAGCUAGCACCGAGAAGGAAUGGUACUAUGGCAACGUUGAGAGGGAACGACUUGGUCCCUUCAGCUUUGCUCAGAUGAAGGACCUAUGGGAGGAAAGUGCCAUCUCAGCCAAGACCCGCUGCUGGGCCCAGGGCCUGGAGGGCUGGACCCUUCAUCAGAUCCCCCAGCUCAAGUGGGUACUGCUGGCCUCAGGCGCUGCUGUCUUGAACGAGAGCGAUCUGGCCACCAUGAUCCUCAACAUGCUCAUCAGAAUCUGUGGCUACUAUCCCAGCAAAGAUUCAGAUGGAGCCAUAAUUCGCCCAUUACCAAGACCAAAGAGACUCCUGUCAGAUGCUACCUGCUUACCACACAUAGUCCAGCUCCUGUUGACCUUUGACCCCAUCCUGGUGGAGAAAGUUUCGGUGCUGAUCUUUGACAUCAUCCAGGACAAUCCAGGCCUGGGCCGGCUGUACCUGACGGGGGUGUUCUUUUUCAUCAUGAUGUACACAGGGUCCAAUGUACUACCCCUGGCAUGGUUCUUGAAGUACACUCACAUGAGGCAGGCCUUCAGGUCUGACGAGGAUAAGCAAUCAGACACCAUGCACCGCAGCAUUCUGGGCCGCAUUUUGCCCGAGGCCAUGGUGCACUACCUGGAGAACCACAGCGCCGAGAAGUUUGCCGAGACAUUCCUCGGGGAGUUUGACACCCCAGAAGCCAUCUGGAGUGCUGAGAUGAGGCGUAUGAUGAUUGAGAAAAUAGCUGCCCAUAUAGCGGACUUCACUCCACGUCUUCAGAGCAACACACGGGCCAUUUACCAGUACUGUCCCAUCCCUCUCAUCAACUAUCCUCAACUCGACGGCGAGCUGUUCGUCAACAUCUACUACCUGCGGCACCUCUGCGACAAGGAACGCUUCCCUGAUUGGCCCAUCAGGGAACCUGUCAAGCUCUUGAAGGAUAUCUUGGAGGAGUGGAAGAAAGAAGUGGAGAAGAAGCCACCCUCCAUGUCCAUCGAGGAGGCCUAUGAAGUCUUGAAACUCAAGACGGCUGUGGGCGGCCAUGAAGAAUCAGUGAUCCGUAAGGCCUACUUCCGUCUAGCACAGAAGUACCAUCCUGACAAGAAUCCUGAGGGCAGGGAUAUGUUUGAGAAAGUCAGCAAUGCUUAUGAGUUCCUGUGCAGUAAAUCCUCCAAGCACAUGGAUGGACCCAAUCCUGACAACAUAGUGCUCAUCCUGAGAUCUCAGAGUAUCCUCUUUGAGAGAUACAAAGACAUCUUGGAACCAUACAAGUAUGCGGGCUAUCCCAUGCUUAUCAAGACCAUUCAGAUGGAAACUCACGAUGAUGCGCUGUUCUCCAAGUCUGCUCCUCUGUUGAUCGCUGCCAGCGAGUUGGCCUUCCACACUGUCAACUGCUCGGCGCUCAACGCCGAGGAACUCUGCCGAGAAAAUGGCAUCGAGGUUCUACAAGAAGCCUUUGUGCGUUGUGUUGCAGUGCUCGCCAAAUCCAGUAAACCUGAUGACUUGGCCGUGCAGGUGUGCAUCAAUGUAAUCAAGUGUUACGCCGUAGCAGCACAGUUUGAGAUGUGUCGGGACCGAAUCACUGAGAUGCCAGCCAUCAUUAAGGAUUUAUGCAGGACUCUUUACUGCCAGCACCUAACUGCCUUGUGCAUUGAAUCCUGUAAGUGUGUGAGUGCCUUCGCUGUGGACAAAUACCUCCAGGAUCACCUGCAGCAGGCUGGCAUCCUAUGGCACCUGCUGCUGUUCCUCUUCAAGUAUGACUUCACUCUGGAUGAGUCUGGGGUGGAGGUGGAUUCCAGCACCAACCAACAGCAAAUGGCCAACAACCUUGCCCGGCUGAGCCUGAUUGCUCUGACCAGGCUGGGAGGUUACCGUCAAGACGAAGAGAAAACUCCGGAGAACCCCGCUAUCCGCAAGUCCUUGUCGGCUCUCCUCACUCCCUUCCUAGCCAAACAGCUGUGCCUGCAAACGUCCAAUCAGGUUGCUGUGCCUGUCAAUGAGGUUUUGAAGAUCAUGAACAGCAACACGGAGAAUCCUUAUCUGAUAUGGGACAACUCAACCCGGGCGGAGUUGACAGAAUUUGCUUCCAAACAACAGCAUAGCCACAUAAGAACUGGAGAGAGUGACCCGGCAUUCGGGGCCGAUUUCAUCUUCUCUGCUCAUGCCAAAGAGCUGAUCAUUGGUGAGGUAUUUGUGCGAGUGUACAAUGACCAGCCAACCUUUCCCUUGGAGGAUGCUAAGGGGUUCACCGUCAGCUUACUAGAUUAUCUAGGCUCCCAGGCUCAGUACCUGCACUCCCUGAUGGCCCUGACAUCCCAAGCGGUAGACACCAGUAAAAACAGCACCCAGGCCAAACGGCUACGUGACUGUGAGAUGGCCUUGGAAUCACUGGGCAACGUCAUCAAGAACAACCCUGGUACCGAGAUACAGUGCAAUGGACAUUACAAACUCCUCUUCUCCUUACUGAAGCUGACUGGUGCUACCAAGCUACAAAUGCUGGCACUAGAGGUGGUACGGAAUGUCACAACCAACAAGGAAUGUGUGGCCAACAUUGCCGACUCAAAUGUACUUCCAUAUCUGCUUCUUACUCUCCAUUCUCUACCAUCAGGCUGCUUGACAGUGAUUGAGACCCUGAAUGCUCUGUCUUCCAACACCAAGAUCAUCAAAGAGAUAACUGCCAAAGGUGGCCUGGUGUAUGUACUAGACCUCUUCUGCAAUUCGCCCAACCCCAAUGUCCGGGAGAAGUCGGCCGAGCUCUUUGCCAAGAUGCAGUCAGACAAGUUGAUGGGGCCUCGUAUCCGCAUCCUCCUCUGCAAGUUCCUGCCACCCAUCUUCAUGGACGCCAUGCGGGACAGUCCGGAGGCCAGCAUACAUAUGUUUGAAGGCGUUCAUGAAAAUCCGGAGUUGAUUUGGAAUGAAGAGGCGAGGGAGAAAGUCUCCGCGACAGUUAAGAGGAUGAAAGAUGAACACUAUGUGAAUCAGAACGCAGACAUUGACACCACAUGGAAGCUUCCCGAGACCUUCUCCGUGGCCUACGUGGACACGGAAGGUGAGGUGGUGGUAGGAGGUGUCUUCUUGCGGCUCUUCAUCUCCCAGCCCACGUGGGUCCUGCGCAAACCCCGGGAGUUUAUGGUGGCCUUGAUGGAGAAAUUCACCGACCUGCUACAGAAGAAGUCACCCAAUGGUGACGAGCUGGAGAUGGUGACAUCUGCAGUGGUCAGUCUCUUCAAGGCCCAAGCCAACCUUGCGGCUCAGUUGCCCCAGCUGGGUCACAUACCCACCAUCUUCACCUCCAUGAAGUCCAAGAAUGACGCAAUCCCGCGGGCUGCGAUUAUUGCCGUCAACAGCAUCGUAGAGGACGAUAUCUGCGUGCGCAGCAUGGCCCAGAGUGAUUGCAUCGGGCCGAUGAUUGCAGGGAUGAAGACGCGACCUGACAUGACGGCUGUGGCCUGCGACAGCCUACACAAAAUGUUCCAGAAAGAUCAGUCCGACCUCGUCAAACAGGCCUUAGACAGUGAUCUGGUGACGUUUUUGCUGGGUCUGCUGACGGACAGCCUCACCUCGCUAGACAACCCUGCUGCCACCAAGGCACAGAUUGUCAAGUCCCUCAAGGCCAUGGCCAACUGCUUGGAGUAUGGAGAGCAGGUGACAGCAAUAUUGGAGAAGUCGACGGUAUGGUCCUCCUACAGAGACCAGAAGCAUGACCUGUUCCUGUCCAACACAAACAUCACAGGUUACCUCACAGGUCCUGGGGUGGCUGGUUAUCUUACACAAGGCACAUCCUCCUCUGUCCCUAGUGCUCCACCCCCCAUAGACCCCAAUCAGGAAACGGCAGAGGAGUCUUGAUUCGAGCCAAACUGAUUGGAAGUUUCUUGCAAGAUUCAUAAUCACAAAACUACCAUCAGAAGUGUGGAAUUCCAGAUUUCUGUUGUUAAACGUCUGCUUACAUCCCACUUAUAUUUUCUUCAGCAAACUGGCUACCAGCCGAUGUCAUUUCCACAUAGAAUUUUAUGGCAAAGUGUUAUUGUAACAUCACGAACAGUAGCUGAAUGGCCUCAUUCCUGUAAAAUCUGUCCAAGUUUUGAACAAAUUACUGAUCUAAAUUAAUUCCUUUUUUCACUGUGUGCCAUCUAGUGUCUAACAAAAUGGAUUGCACCCAGAACUAAUACAACUAUAUAAAUUAAUACAGUAUGUGAUUAUGUACAUAAAUGGAAGUUUACAAAUGUUUGGAGGGUUAGAUUUUAAAAUGGGUAAUGUCUCUUCAAAGUGGGUUUUCAGAAAUAUUAAUUUGCAUGUGUUACAUAUUCAUAUACCUUGUCUCCCAUGUGGUCGGAGUGUGAAACCUGAAAGCGGUUUUGCAUAAAGAGAAAAAUCACAAGAUACAACAGAUGUCUGUGGUCGUAAAAUAUGUCAAGCAGAUUUUGUACAUAAAAAAAUUAUUUUGCUGAAACUGAAUCAUAGUAGAUCUAAGUUAAAAUAUGCAGCUUUAUACUAAAAUCAUUUUGUUGUCUUGGCCACUGCUUCAAGAGAGAAGAAAUUUUGGUUUUCUAUUCUUCUUAUAAUUACAGGGAAAUCAACCUUGAGAGUUGUUUCCAUUUUGUCACGAGGUAGAUUUGAUUAGAAUCAGGAAUAGGAUGUUUACAAAUGAGAAAUAAUCUUAACUUUUAAAUUUUCAACGGCGCUGAGCUGAGGAGUUGCUAUAUUUCAAGAACGUACAGUCAUAAGAAGGGAAUAAAGAUUACUUUUUUGUUGGUUUGUUCAAUAGUGGGGGGGGACUAGCAUACAUAGAUGAAGAUGUUUCAUAUUUCUCUGUAAGAAUUCAUAUUCCUCUAUAAGAAUACAUGUACACUGGUGGACUAGUCCCCCAUGUUCUCGUAAAAGCCUUGGAUAGCCUAAGACUUCAUCUAAAUGUUAUGGCUGUGGCUGUCUGCAGCAGAUGUGUUUGCGGGAAGUGGAUGCAGCCAUCAGCUGGCUUACCAUAGUCACAUUUUUUUGGGGGGGGGGUCUCAAUCUGGUAAUGUGGAAGUGGUCUACUCUUAAACAUUUAUCCAUUCUAAUCGAAUGGAGGCUGUAACCAAAAUAAUGUUCACAUCUUGCAGAGUGGAUCUUUGACAAACACUUUUACUGAUUUAUGAGGGGCCCUUUUAAACAUGCCACGUGUGUACUUGAGGGAAACCACACUUUCUGUUUGGAUCAUGCUAAUGAUAGAAGCGGUUUCGUGUUGCUCUGUGUAGAAUUUCACACUGACAUUGGUAAUCCAAGAGAUCAUCAAACAUUAACUUUUGAAAAGAGAUGCACGUUGAGGAAUACUUCUCAGAACAUCAAAUUUGGAUGAUAAGUUUUUUGUACGGUCUUUUGUAAUAACUCGUGAUUAACUAACGAGAAAUUCCUUUGGGUAAAGGAACAUUUCCAAGACUGACGAACAGCAUUUUGGAGCUGAUGCAAGCUGGUUAUGAUAUUAUUAUAGGUAUUUAUAUGGCACAAUUUCAAACUAUUGAUCACUGUGCUGUACCAAGAAAAGCCUUCACAGGAAAAUCCGUUGGGAACCUUUUACAGUUAAUGCCAUCUUCUUGUUUUUGCCUCAGUAGUUUUGUAAUUGCUUUACCAGAGACGAUGUCAGAGGGUUCUCAUUAGUUUGCACAAAACUGUAUUUCAUUUUGAAAAAAUGAAACAGCUAUGAAGUUUAUAGGGAAAUCGUGUGUUGUGUGUAUUACUACCAGCAUGUAUCAACAGUUCCUGAGGACUAGGAACGAGUCUACUAAAGUGUACAUUUUCAGUGUACAAUAUACAUGUACUUUUUUCUGAAUACAUGGUAUUUCUUGUAACACAUUUCAGUAUGCUCUACCAAAAUGUACGCUUCUGCAUAUUCAAAGCUGCCAAAUUUAUUAGGAUGGAUAGGGUUUUCAAAGAUCUGGUUUUGAAAUUUGUGAGAGUGUGCGGUUGAUUUGAUCAUUUUGUUGUCGGCAUUGAUGUCGUCUUGCAGAAAUGCUAUUUGUUUCAGUCAACUUCGCAUAGUGCAUCUCAAUAGUUUUUAUAAAUUAAUGCACAUGUGUGUACUCGGCGAACAAAUCAUGAAAAUGAAAAUGUUCACUAAACCAAGUGGGUAGUGUAAGUGGAGGCAUAGUUACCAAAAAAAAAGGAAGCUGUAUUGUAAAAGGCCAGAUUAUGCUUGGCUCAAAAGCAAACAGAGACAUGAAAUUGUGACAUAUCAAAUAUUUGUGCUGCAAAUUUGCAAAAUUUGAAUACAUUUCAACUCAAGCAAAGUUUGCGGCAAAUGUUUUGGGAAGUCAAAGUCAAUUUGCUUUCAUGUUCACGUCAAGUAUAGCCUGGCCUUCAGUUUCUUAAGUUACAAAACCCCUCCAUGUACCAAAACCAAGCAAAUUUUACUCUGGCAUCUCUAUUUUUAAGCAAUUUGAUUGGCCAAUUUUUGCCUCUCAAAAAUAAACAAUUUAAUCAUCUGUUUAAGGUGUCUUUAUUUCCCUGAGAAAGUAGCAUACUGUUUUGUGUGGAAUGUGUUUUAUGUGGCAACAAGAAAAAUUCUGAUGUGUGGAAAAAAAGAAUGACAAACUUUCACAUUCCACGGUUUUCACAUUAUAAGAAGUGUUGCCUUUAUUCACAAGUCUGUGAACUGAAAGUAUGAACUCACAUGAAACUGAUGUGUACAUUGAAACUUAUUGCAGAAGGAUGUAACAAAUUAAUUUUAUGCAUCGUAAGCUCCUAUAAAGAAACAGCAAAUAAAUGAUUAUAUUGUACAAUUCAAA